AUGGCCUCCACCACAGAGCAGUCAACCUUCUUCCAGCAGCGGAGAGCGAAGAAUGAAGUCGUUGUCACGGAUCCGCCCAAGUUCGACCUGGAGUCAUAUAUCAGCAACUACUCUGUAGAUGCUUACCGCCUAGCCAUUGCGGAGGCAAAGAAGGGCCAAGAAUCAAUAUCGCGCCAGACGACCCGGCCGCAUUACUGGAUACAGCCAUGGGCUGAGAAGAAGACGCGGGAGAUACAGCAGGAGCAGGACAGGCUGGAACACGAGCUGAAGUCAUACAAGAACAACCUCAUCAAGGAGAGCAUACGAAUGGGGAAUGAAGACCUUGGCCACUUCUACUUCGACACGGGCGACUACGCCAGCGCGAACAAGGCCUACCUGAAGAUGCGCGAACACUGCACAUCCAACAAGCACCUCGCCGAUAUGACGCUUCGCCUCGUUCUGGUCAGCAUAACGCAGAAGGUGUGGGUGCAGACACAAACAAACCUGACCAAGGUCGAAUCGGCACAGCUCAAGGGUGACGACAAGACAAAGCUAGAGCCUAUCGUGUCUGCCUGCAGUGGUCUCGCAUUCAUGGGUACUGGCAAAUUCCGGGAGGCCGCAAACCACUUCCUAAGGACCCCACCCUCGUACCUGACUGCCGAGCCCGCCGCAAACAUUGCCUGGCAAAAAGAGGUCAUCUCACCCAAUGACGUAGCCGUGUACGGUGGUCUUUGCGCGCUUGCUUCCAUGGACCGCAGCGACCUGCAGGACAAGGUUCUCGCAAACAGCGAGUUCCGCAACUUCCUUGAGCUUGAACCCCACAUCCGCCGCGCCAUCAAUCUCUUCUGCAACUCAAAGUACAGCGCCUGUCUCGAAGUCCUUGAGGGCUACAGGAACGACUACCUCCUGGACGUCCACUUGUCCAAAGUGCUCAACCAGAUGUACGACAGCAUACGGACCAAGAGCAUCGUGCAGUACUUCAUACCAUUCAGCUGUGUCACGCUGGAUGAGAUGGCGUCCAAGUUCCCUACCUCGGGAUACAAGAUCGAAGAGGAACUUGAGCGCAUGAUCAACGAGGGUACCCUAGACGCACGGAUAGAUCUCGUCGACCGCCUUCUCAUCUCGCCGCCCACGAACCCACGCCACAAUGUGCACGCCGAGGCCCUCACCAUGGCCGAGACGUACGACCACACCCUCCGCCUGCGCCUCACGCGCCUCAACAUGCUCGCAGCCGGCAUGGAGAUCAAGCAGGACAAGGGCCAGAAUGAGAAGAUGUCGUCGGGCAUGAGCAUGGACAAUGGUCUCGGUGCGAGUUUACGUGGCCUCGGAUCUAAGAUGGGUUUCACGUAG